UGUUUGGCUUUCUGUUCAGUCUUCAGUAGAAAUACGAAGAUAAAGUAUCGUUUUCGUCACAUUACAAGUGUAAAAGUUUCACAAUAUAAAUUCAAAUACGGAUUAUAUCGCUCUGGUAUUGUCCCCUCCACCCACCCCGCCAGUCAUACAGAAAGGAAUCAGAAGCAGCGCAAAUGUGUUCCGGCCAUCGAUUGUGGUAUUUCCAGUGAUCUUUGUGUAGCUACCGACGAGGCAAACCCCAAAAAAAUAUGAAUGCGGAUACCGCGGACUACUCGGACGAGGAUCACGGCGACGCGGAUCGCUCACCGCACAGCUGCAGCGGGUCCCCGUCCCCGUCCACAUACAGCAUGUACACCGAUAGCGAUGAGGACACUUGCACCGAAAUAGUCCUGCCCGAACGGGAGCCCAAGCCGAGCAAUGCCGACCAGGAUGACUUCAAGUACGAGGUGCUGUCCGUCAAGCAGAUCGUCCAGCAUCAGUGGCAUGUCAUCGACGAGGUGAACAGCGUGCUGAACCUGCCGCCGCAGGUCACGCGUUGCAUCCUCAAUCAUUACAAGUGGAACAAGGAGAAGCUGUUCGAGGAGUACUUUGAGAGCAGUCCGGAGGAGUUUUUCCAGCGUGCCCAUCUCGUCAAUCCCUUUACCAUGCCGGCCCCACACGUCAGCUUUGGGGGGGGCAGCGCUCUGGAUGUGGGACAGGGGUCGCAGGACAUGUGCGGCAUCUGCUGCUGCCCCAGCGAUGAUCUGAGGGGACUGGGCUGUGGCCACCGAUUCUGCGCCGAAUGCUGGAAGCAGUAUCUGGCCAGCAAGACCUUCGGCGAGGGCCUGGGCCACACCAUCGCCUGCCCGGCCGAUGGCUGUGACAUUGUCGUGGACUACGUCUCCUUCCUGAUCCUGGCGGACAACCGGGAGGUGGUGGCCCGCUACCAGCAGCUGAUCACCAACACCUUCGUGGAGUGCAACCCUUUGUUGCGCUGGUGUCCGGCCCCCAGCUGCUGUCGCGCCAUUCAGGUUAGCUGUCCGGAGGCACGCGCUGUGCGCUGCAAGUGCGGCCAUCAGUUCUGCUUUGGGUGCGGUGAGAACUGGCACGAGCCGGCCAGCUGUGCCCUGCUGAAGCAGUGGCUCAAGAAGUGCCGCGAGGACUCGGAGACCUCCAACUGGAUUGCCCAGAACACCAAGGAGUGCCCCAAGUGCAAUGUGACCAUCGAGAAGGAUGGCGGCUGCAAUCACAUGGUCUGCAAGAAUCCCAACUGCCGCUACGACUUCUGUUGGGUGUGCCUCGGCUCGUGGGAGCCGCACGGCUCCUCCUGGUACAGCUGCAAUCGCUUCAACGAGGAGGAAGCGAAGAAGGCCCGCCUCGCCCAGCAGCUGUAUCGAUCGACCAUGGCCCGGUAUCUGCACUACUACAAUCGCUACAUGAAUCACAUGCAGAGCGCCCGCCUGGAGCACAAUAUCUAUUGCAAGGUGCAGGCCAAAAUGCAGGCCAUGCGGGAGACGAUGACCUGGUUCGAGGUGCAGUUCCUCGAGGAGUCUGUGGAGGUGCUUUGCCAGUGUCGCGUCACCCUGAUGUACAGCUAUGUGUUUGCCUACUAUUUGCGGAACAACAACCAGAAGAUCAUCUUCGAGGACAAUCAGCGGGAUCUGGAGAGUGCCACAGAGAAGAUCUCCGAGUGUCUGGAGCGCGAGAUAACGGCCCUGAAUCUGCCGAGCGUCAGGCAGAAGGUCCUCGAUCUGUCGCACUAUUGCGAGAUGCGUCGCACGGUGCUGCUCUGUCAUGUGCGCGAGGGCUACGACAAGGACUGGUGGGAGUUCACCAGCCUGGAUGAGCCAGCCACAGAGCCUGCUGCCCCAUAAGGCUGCCAAUGCCAACCCGUUCGUCAGCGUACUGUUCCCGACACAAAUCCAAUCCUAAAAACCAACAAACAAAACAAAACUAUUGGAAAAUUUCACUGAAGACUAAUAUCAAAACCUUUUUUCUGUUCACACUUUUUGGCCUCCUCCUCGCUGGCUGGAUCUGGCUAAAGAUCCAGCCAAGAGCCUUCGAAAUUCUGCAAUAAAUGGCAGUAUGAAGUAUGAAAUAAUCAUACGAAAAUGGCAA